GUUCACUCUCAAUCAAAAUUUCAAAAUAAACAAAGCGCUGAGAAAGAGGAACAUGAGUUUUCAUUUCAACACGCAUUGUGUCGGUAAAAACCCAAAUUUUUCAAAUUCUAUGCAAUAGCUAUUUAAUAGCAGAUAACAGAAUUAUGUUUAUUUAGAUUAUUCCUGGGUUUUUUAAACAUGUGCCAUUUUUAAUGUGAAAUCUAUUUUUCGGAGCAGAACUCAUGAUAUCCGCUCGGAAAUACUUUUUUUCUUUCUCUUCCAUUGAUCUGAAAAUUUUUUUUUUACUCGUGAUUUCUGAGAUUUGAAACUGUCGAAAAGCCUUAUUAUUUCUGUUUCUUGUAUGUUUUUGCUAUGUACUCGUAUAUAAAUUUGAUUAUCUUCACUCUAUGGUACAUUGUUUUAAAAACGGAGAGUAUUAAAAUGUACUUUGAAGAUUCAGAAAUUGACUGUACUCCAUAUAAUGUACCGACCUUAAAGUGUGAAGAUACUGACUGUGACAAGCCAUUGAAUUCAGAUGAUUUAUUCAUAGACACACCGUUGGAUUCAGCUGAUUUGUCCAUAGAUUGUGAAGGUGAUCAGGACUGUAUGGAACUUAGAAAAAAAAGGAAUUCAAUUGAUUGUGAAAGCUUUGAUAUUUUGUUUUCUGCAAAAUAUGAUUUAAUGAGAAAAUCAAUUACUGUUAAAUUUAGACCUUUACCUGAGUAUGUAGCAUGUUAUGAAUAUUAUCAAGUUCAACUGCGAAGGAAAGAAUUAACUGAAAAUAACUGUUUUAAUUUGUAUCUUUUAUGCGUAAAGGAUCAUGUGAAAAGUGAGACUUUGAUGGAAUUUGUUGACUUGCAUGGUGGUUCAUAUGUUAUUGUUGUUUCCCCUAACGAAGAAUGGCCACGUCCUCCACACGAAAAAAUAUUUUGCUCUGAGGAAUUAAAUAUUAUGGCUAAUUCUUCUAGUAUUGUGAAUGAUACAGAUACAAAUGAAAAGAAAAAAGAGAUUUCUAUUAUGAAAAUACAGUUACUGUUAAUACCCUCAACAAUACUUCUUUUUAUAAUCACCAUUGUUAUGCUUAAAAAAUAUAAGCCAAGUAUUUUCUCAAGUGCCAAUCGUCUAACCAGUCUAAUAUUCCAACCAGGUGAUAAUUCGGAGGAAAGAUGUCAUAUUUUAUUUGACAACAUAGAACUUUUAAUACUGCAUUCUUCUGAUGCUGGCAUCCAAAGUAAAAUUCUAUUGUUAAAAGAUUUCCUUGAAAAAUAUGCUUCCUUCAAAGUUAUUACCAUGAUGGAUGUAAUGUUCUACAACAACAUUGACUCUCUUUGGUUUAAGACUCAGUUUUUUUACAAAUGCAAAAGCCUUGGUGACCCCAUUAAUUCAAGUAAGAGAAUUCUUCUUGUGGAACCUGGCAAGGCCUUGUCUCAAGUAAAUAAAAAUCAAAAUAUUCUAGAUGAUAUUUAUUGCGAGGGCUUGCAUAUUCUCCUCAGUGCUUGGUCAAGAUGUUUAAAGGAUUACUGCCACUUGUUUGUUUUGGAAUUUAAUAAUAAUUAUGCGGAACGCCAGUUUGCCCAAGAGUUCGUUCCUGGGGUUCGUUACUUGAUUCCAAGAGAUUUAGUUAAACUUUGUCUCAAUUUAAGUUCUUGUGGAGAAUCUAAUAAUGAAUCUCUUCAACAAAAGUUAACCACAAGUUUAAGAUCUCACAAAUUAAUGGAACAUUGUUAAAAAAUAUGUUGAACAGUCUCAUGUUAUUUGUUAAGAUCUGAGGUCAAUUUAUAUGGCUGAUAUGUUCUACACUUUUAGGGGCAAUCAGAUUUUUACUCCGUAUACACAUUUUUUUCUAUUCUUGAAGAUUGAAAUUACCUAAAAAAAAAUUUAAAUUUUUUUUUUUUGUAUAUUUACCUCUGUUCUAUUUAAAGAAAUUCUCACAAUUUGUUAUCAUCCUAAUACUUAUUAAUUGCUAGCAAAAUACCCAUUCUUUAUUAGGGGAGGAAAAAAAUCGUAAAUACAGGUUGUGUCACAAUUCCCUCCAGGUUUUUUUCCACAAAUAUUCAAUGUGUGAACUUUGUCUGAUGCUGCAGACUUCAAGUCUGAAGUUAAAUUUUUGCCACACUCUCUGCAACAUGUCCCAAUCAAUGGUAGCAAAUGUGGUUGUGAUCUUUGAUUUAACCCCUUAAAAGAAAUGUACUAAUUAAUAAAAUCACAUCAUUUUUUAUAAACCAUCCAAAACCCAGAGACAAAUGUGACACACCCUGUAUUUUUAUUUUUAAGAAUUGCUUAACAAUGGAACUGACAUUGCUCAAAGACUUGUAGUUGAGAUUCUACUGAUCAGAUCAUACUGAAACUUCAAAUAUAUGUUAGGUAUAUCAUGUGGCCUAGGUUUCGAUCAAAAACAAAGUCGUGGUAACUUGUGACUCUAUGACAAUGUAAAGAGAAAGAUAACAGUUUAGAAACGGAGAAGAGCAAAAUAUUUUAUUUGCUCACAUACCUGUGUGCAUGCAGAUGUCUUUUCGAUCAAUAUUAUUCUGAAACCCUUCGACCACAUUGACACAGCUGUCAAGUUAACUUCAUUAGUUGUCAUUUGUAUAUCAAAUGCAAUACAUAUGAGUUUCACAUGUGAUGGCCACAACAUAAUUUUUACAUAAAAUUGAAAUGGGCUAUUCACCUGCAUAGACAGCGUAGUGCCAUUCCUUGAAAAAAUUUCAGCCUUUUUCUUGAACAUAUAGCAUAUAAUUAAAGUUACAUUCAAAUAUGUUUAAAAGAACCAAGAUUAUGAACCAAGGGCCUAAGGGUUUAUACAGCUUAUAUACAGAGUCAGUUGGAUUUGAUGAUUCAUCCAGUUUCAAUGGACUGUUUAUUUACAAGUAUAUGAUGCACAAAAAACCGUUUAUACUUGGAAAGAUGUAUACACUUACCAAGUUUCUGGUAUAUACAGCAAAUGUUCAUUGUGUGUAUGCUUAGUCACCCAAUACCCAUCCCAGUGGUAAACCACUUCACCAGUAAACCAGUUUGCAUAUAUUCAAUAGCUAUUUUCUAUGAAUGUCUGUCACAGCUGCAGUGAUGUGCUCUUGUUGAAUUGCUGUUGCUUUGGGAAAGCAUUGAAUAUUUGUAGCGUGUACCUGACACUUAUGUAUUUUUUCUUGUGCAUCAUAUACAAAAAACAAACAAUUCUUUGAAAUUAUUUAAAUCAUUUAGGCUAACGUAUUAUUAUAACUGAAGAUUAUGUACUUAUGUUCAUGCCUGUAAUUUAAGUAUGUACUACUGUAAUAUUUUUUGUCAAAGGCAUAAUAAGAACAUUAUGCUGUAUAAUGGUUCCUUGAUGAUUAAUUUCAAUAGUAUUAUGUUUAAUAUCAUUUUAAAGGAUCUUAUAAUUAUAACGUACUCUAUAAAGAAUACGCACAUUUGUCUUAUUGUGAAUUAGAUUAAUCGUCUAAUUAAAAUUUUUUUUUAGUGUUUUUAACUAUAUAUUCAAUUUCUAGUCUUUUUGUAUUCUUCGUAUGUAUUCAAUUUCUAGUUAUCAUUAUGUAUAUUAUUAUUCUAAUGAUUAAGAGUUUAUCUUGGUAAAUUUUAUAGUGUAUUGAAAAUAAUAUAUAUUCAAAGUGUACCUGACGU